CCCGCGUCGCGACGGACAGGUUGAUCGUUUUCCGCGAACAUGGGGUUCACCAGAAACUACCUCGUAAGCCUACUUCUCUACGUCUCCAUCGUCAACGAGAUUCGUCAACCAGCGGUGACGUGCCAGGACGAAGAAGCUAGUCAAUGCAUACCAAAGAAGACCUUCCAGGCAUUGCUGCGCUUACCGGAAGUUAGUUCGAAUCUAGCAGCCUAUUCGAGGACAGCAAGAGUUAUCCAGGAAACAAAGAAUCCUAACGACAUGGAAAAAGUUCUCAACUUAGAGGAAAAUGACGAGGAGAUUUGUAUACCCGGUGCCGUUUACUUGGAGCUCUUCAGAAACCCGGCGUUGCGAGGACAUCUCAGUGUCAUGGCGCGUACUCAAAAGUUGCCCGAAUUUCCCGGACGCAUUCUCGAUAGUGAGGAAAUCUUAAUUCCCGAAUCGGAAAAACGCAGCCUCGCCACCUUGGCCAAGAACGAUGAUCUGCCGAUGAGUAUGCAGGGCCACGAGAGUGAUGCCGAUGAUGAGGAGAAGAGAAGCGCACCUUCCGGCCUGGACGGAUCCCUGAUACGCAUAUACAAGGAGUACUACGAUCGACCUGAGAUUUACGACUAUCUGUCUGAGCUGGAUCCGGAAGCCGAGUAUCCGGUAGACAAGCGCAACGUCGGUUCUCUGGCGCGGGACUUCGCGCUGCCCACAGGCAGACGUCAUAUCGCCUCGGUGGCUCGCGAUUACGGUCUGCCGAACGGUAAAAGAAACAUCGGCGCUCUGGCUAGGCAAAGCACGCUACCGCAGAAUGGCAAGAGGAACGUUGCUUCGUUGGCGCGAUAUUACAUGCUGCCGCAGGCCGGCAAGAGGAACGUAGCCGCGCUGGCCCGAGAGUCCUUGUUGCCUUACGGCAAGCGUUAUCUCGGCUCGUUGGCGCGCAGCUCUGGCUACCCGGUUCGCCAAUACGACGAGGAUAAGCGCAGCAUCGCCUCGCUAGCCAGGAACUCCGAUUUGCCAGCGGCUUUUGUGAAGCGGGGCGGCAUGGCGCCGAGAACGAUGAUCAUCCGGGUGCUGAAUCGUCAAGGCAGAUCCUUGGACGAUGACCGCGAGACGCACAGCGAGCCCUUGGAUCUGCAGCAGCUCAUCCAGCAAGGGCACGACAGCCAGGACGAGACCAAGGAAAACGAAUGGCAGAACGCAUCUCCUUCCUUCGGAGUCUCGCAGGAUCUGGAUGAAAACAAGGCGAAGAACAGAUCAAACAGGAGAAUCGAUGGCUCGUCGCAAACAAGGCACAAGAGGCAGAUUGACUUCUCCGAUGAGUAUCCGCUGCCUGUCGUGCAAAACACCAAUAUGCUCGAUUACGAGGACAUGAUCGAGGCGUUUGCCGAUCACUAUCCGAACGCAGAGAAGAGGUUCAUGGGUUCCGCGCCGGAGAUGCCGGCCGACUCGGGCUACCCUGAAGUGUUGCAACUGAGUAAGAGACAUAUCGGAGCCCUCGCACGCCUCGGCUGGCUCCCGUCGUUCCGCGCCCCACGAUUCUCUCGAUCGCCGCGUUAUCUGGUCGAAAGGGAGAAUCCCGCAGAUGGGUCCUCGUCCAACUACACCCCCGACGCGUCGACACGGUCGCUAAGGCCGAUAUUCACCCCGAAAACACGCUACUUGCAGUCCCUGCACGGAGAUUGUCGACACGGCUUCAAGAAGUUCCUGCUGUUACCGGACAUGGAUAACUUUCUACGGACGUCGAACUCCCGCAUCGCAUCUCGAUCCAUGUAAAGUCCUUGUUUCGCCGCUCGCUCGCGCAGCGCGGCACCGCCGUACAAAUAUUAUUAUUAUAUCUCAAAUUCACGCGUGUAAUUAUAAGGAGGACGGGGGGAAAUGAGCACGUGAGACUGUAUGAGUGUAAAUAUUUGGAUUCUGACGUUUUUCCUUGCUGAUGUAUCUUCACCUCUCAUCAAACGUAGAUUCGUUGAAUAUCUCGAUUACUAUCAAAUGAUAAUUCAGAAAAUACAAUAUUUAAAAUAAUAUUGAACAAUAUUGAAAAAUUAUUGAAAAUUAGCAUUGUAAUUAAUUGAAAUUGAAAAAAGACAGAAGUGAGGAAACACGUCGCGUAAUUUGUCAGCGACAAUCCAGUAAAAAUUCGGCAGGAGUUGAUCUUGUCGCAGGCUCUAUCGAUCCAACAAUAAGCUUUACUGUUUGCUGACAAUAAUCUUACGUAAUCCUAAUGUAACGCCUUAAAUGUGCCAUCUGUAUCGAAUUAACAGAUUUAAACUGUUAUGCAGAAAGCGUAUGUCUAAAAAAAAAAAAAAAUUCCAAUUUA